CUUGUGACAUCGUCCUGCAAAUAUCAUACCGUAAACUAUGCUACCUGUGUUGAAGGCUUCCGUCCACGAUGUACAGUACUCUGCAGCACUUUUAUGGCGUCAACUUAGUCAACGUGAGGCUACAAUUACCGUCACCAAGAGAGGCUUUAUUACAGUGGUUGAAGAAGCGCGUACUCUGUUAGGAAUGGCAUAUAUCUUUUCCAACGUCUUCGAUGAAUACGACACCCAGGAUAGCGCAGACGAUGAAGACACAGACAAUAACGCCUUUGAGGUGCCUCUGAACACCCUUAUAGAAUGUCCGACCAUAUUCGGAACCGCGGGCGGAACUAACUACAACACCGCUGGAGGCGGCCGACAUACAAGGUGUAAAAAGGUCGGCGAUAACGACGACGGUGAUGAUGGCGACAACAACGACAACGACGGGGGACGGGGCAGGAUACAACAGUUCUUUGGUGGUGGCUCUGAAAAGAGAACGGGGAUGUCAUACACUGGAAUAUCUACAUACGAUGCAGAACCCCACCUCGAACUUCCAUUUGAUCUGGAAAAUAGGGUUCUCAAAAACAUUCUCAAAGCUACAUUCUCAGAAUGGCUACGCGACGCGCUCUCAGAAUUGGAUCCCUCAUGCGAGAAACUAACGGAAGAUCCCCAAAGACAGAAGGCCAAGUCACGGGUAGGGUUGAAGCCAAUGCUUCGUAUCCAAGCUACAGGAACAUUCAGUAACGUCCUAGAAACUUUUGAUUGCGCACAAACCAUCAGCUUCAGGUCCAACACUCUGCACACCUCCAUGCGUUUUCUGACAUCACAAUUUUAGUUAUCGGUUUGCUCACAUCUC